UUCUUUUUUAAGAGAAAAAAUUUUAUAUUUAAAGUUAUAGAAUGUCUUUUGGAAAUGUUAUUAGAUAUGGGGCGUUGGACCAACCAGCGGCCAACAAUAUUUUCUUUUAACAAUAAACAACUAAUAAUUAAAUUAUACACAAUACAUUUCGGAAUUUGGACCACACUUUUUUUUUUGCUAAACUUUUUUUUUAAAUGAUGAUAAUAUUUUUUUAAGAAAAACAUGACGCAUGCAAUGCAAUAUUCAAACUGAAAGUAAUGCACGUAAUAGCAGUUUAUAUUUUUAUAUUUGUGAAAUGAGAAAAGAAAAACUGGACUUGCAUCACAGGAGCCAUAGCACCAAUCAAUUCAAAAUGGCUAGCAACUCGGAGCUGUUCGGAGACCAAAACAGAGAACCCUUUCUCCCUCGUAAACCCUGCUCAGAUUUCGGCGGCGGCUUCAACGACUCCAGCCUCUUCCUCGAUGAUCGCCGAUCAAAGUUCCGGUGUUUCCGCUUCUUCUCCGACGGGAUCGUCGCCUCCUGGAUGGCGCUUUACGACGUCGCCGCUAAAUUGUACGAGAUGGGUCGGUCCGAUCGCCGGAAAGUUUACUUCGCCGUCAAGAUGGGGAUGGCUCUCGCGCUAUGUUCCUUCGUUAUUUACCUUAAAGAGCCGCUCGCUGACGCUAGCAAGUACGCCGUGUGGGCUAUACUUACUGUCGUCGUCGUCUUCGAGUAUAGCAUAGGAGCAACGUUGGUGAAAGGGUUCAAUAGAGCUAUAGGUACAUUCUCUGCUGGAGGACUAGCUCUUGGGAUAGCGAGACUCUCUGUCUUAGCCGGAGACUUCGAGGAAGAAGUCAUUAUCAUCAGCAUCUUCCUUGCAGGUUUCUGUGCGAGUUAUCUAAAACUCUACCCGGCGAUGAAGUCGUACGAAUACGCAUUCAGAGUGUUUCUGUUGACGUUCUGCAUCGUUCUUGUGUCUGGAAACAACACCAGAGAGUUUUUCAGCACUGCUUAUUACAGGUUCUUGCUGAUUCUCAUUGGUGCAAGUAUCUGUUUGGGUGUGAACAUAUUCAUACUCCCGAUUUGGGCUGGAGAAGACCUCCAUAAGCUAGUGGUUAAGAAUUUCAAAAGCGUGGCCAAUUCCCUCGAAGGAUGUGUUAAUGGGUACUUGCAAUGUGUUGAAUACGAGAGGAUACCUUCUAAGAUUCUCACGUACCAAGCUUCGGAUGACCCUUUAUACAGUGGAUACAGGUCCGUUGUCCAAUCUACCAGCCAAGAAGAUUCUCUGCUUGAUUUUGCAGUAUGGGAGCCUCCACAUGGACCUUACAGAACUUUCCAUCAUCCCUGGGCAAUCUAUGUCAAACUUAGUGGUGCCGUAAGGCAUUGCGCUUUCAUGGUCAUGGCAAUGCAUGGCUGCAUCCUUUCAGAAAUUCAGGCAGCACCAGAGAAAAGACAAGCUUUUCGUCAGGAGCUUCAAAGAGUUGGAAACGAAGGAGCCAAAGUCUUGAGGCUGUUUGGAGAAAAAGUGGAGAAAAUGGAGAAGCUAACCCCAGGAAACAUUCUGAAAGAAGUUCAACGAGCAGCAGAGGAACUGCAGAUGAAGAUAGACAGUAACUCCUUCCUUCUCGUCAACUCGGAAAGCUGGGCUGCUAUGAAAGAGAAAGCUGAUGCUGAACAAGCUGAACAAAACUAUCACGAAGCCAAAGACGACGAGACCAAAGUGAUCCAAUCUCUCAGCCAGAUUUGGGACACUAACCACAACCAUCAUCAUCAUCAGAGUCCACAUACUGGUAAUGAUUCUCAGCUUUGGAUGUCAACGGAGAGUAUGAUGUUUAGGAACCGAGAACACUGGCCGAGCUUCUCAUUCAUAGGCGGGUCUAUGAUCAAUGAGAUAGAAUCCAAAGUGUAUGAGAGCGCAAGUUCCUUGUCGCUAGCCACAUUUGCGUCUCUUCUUAUCGAGUUUGUUGCAAGGCUCCAGAAUGUUGUUAAUGCAUUUGAGGAGCUUAGCACUAAAGCCGAUUUCAAAGAGCCAGUUAGUGAGACAGAGAAGAACAUAGUUAAAGCUGGAUUUUGGACAAGACUAAUGAGCUGCUUCAGCUCCGGGGAUUAGCUGAAGCACUUUGUAGUUUAACCGAUGAGGUGCAUAGUUUUGAUUUGUAUAGACGAUUAAUGUAUUUCUUUUGUUGUUCUCUUGAAAUAAGUUGCUAAUUCCAUUUUCGGAAAGUUAUACAAGUCUACUCGAAGUACAAAUUUCAAGUUGUCUGAUGCUUGUCUGUUGAAAUACAGAUUUCACUUUCAAUUUGAUUA